CCAGUCCCGCUUGCGAGAGCAGUAUAUUCAAAAUUCCCAACGGUCCAUUCACGAUCUCCGGCCAAAUCCCAACCACUGAAAUCGAGAUUCACCGAAAUCAACAGAAACCCUAGCAGAUCGAUUUCCCGCGUUCAGAUCUCCCGAAUUCUGCCCCUAAAGCCGAUGAGUGAGGGGGCGAUACCAGAACUGGAGAGCGAUCUCUUGGAUAUCGCCGGAGGAGCAGACGACGACGCUUGGCUUCUACAGAAUCUCCCCAGUGAAGGCGUUUCGGUGCUCUCUAAUACUAGCGCUGCAAGCAAAAAUGGUUACUUCAAUUGCUCGCCGCUCCAAAUCCCUAGGUCGAAUCGUGCCCUUCAUGUCCGUCUUCCACUCUCUCCAAUCGGGGAAGUAAUGGGUAACAAGACCAUGGAGAAGUCGAGCCCUUCAGUUGUUACAGACAAUGUCGAUAGGGAGAAUAUUAGUGGGAACAAACUGGAAUUGUCCAAGUUGAGUGUGGAGCGACAGAAGAUGAAGAGAAAGAAGAAGACUGCUGGAUUUAACUUGCGGAAGAGUUUGGCAUGGGACCCAGCUUUCUUCACAGAAGAAGGUGUCUUGGAUUCUGUUGAAUUAUCGAUUAUAACUGGGAAUGAUUGCCAAACUGGCGGGGAGAUGUUACCUACAAUUCAAGAAGAGCGGAGAGACUCCAUAUCAGCUUCGAAACGUUCUUGUGAUUCACCAGGACUGCGAGCAAUGAAGGAAAACUUAUUUAAGGAAUUGCCUGUGAAUAGUAAGAGCAAAGGGAAGAAGGUUGUGGGCGGUGUUUUGCCGAAGAAUGCAUCACCAUCUAAACUUUCAUCUUCAUCGGCCCAAAGAAAGCUUCUUCCAGCUCAGGAUGCUAGGAGCAGUUCCAAAAGCAGUGGUUGUCCAAGGCCUCAUGCUGUUUCAUCCCUUAAAAGACCUGCAAAUGCACAUAUGGGAAACGCACAAAACAAGGAGCUGAGAGUCUCUAAGGUUUCUGCCAUGAGAUCUGAUCCGCCUAAGAUCACAAAUACUGUGAAAAAGUAUACUCAGGCGCCUAGCAAAUUGAAACAAAUUCAGUCCGUUCGAUCAAUUGGCAGUUCCCAGAGGAGCUUAGGGUUUACAAGCUCCUCAAAGAAAACCUCAAGUGCUCAAAUUAACACAAAAUCUAGCCUGGCAAGUAAAUCAUCAAUUCCUCAACCCUCAGUUAACCAAGCUAGAAGAAACAUGAUCACCAGACCGCCAGAAAUUGCUUCAGAAUCCAACUCACAUCAUUCUGUGGCUGUGAAGUUAUCAGACAGGCUGAUGACUACAUCAGAUUCGACUCUUCCAGUGCCCGGUCAUGGAUCAAACUUUCAUUAUUCUAGUUCAACUAAUAUUGCUGUGUCUGUUCCGGAGAGGUCUUGUAGUAGCUCCGAACAUAUGCAGUCUGCAGUUCCGCGAGUGCCAAGGCCAUCAGGUUUAAGGAUGCCAUUACCAUCAAUUGGCUUUUUCGGUCAGUCAAAGUAUCCAUCACACGGUCCACUAGAAAAAAGUAGCCAAGCUCUUCCAAGAUCUGAUUCAGCUAUCAAUUAUUCCUCGAUUCCUACCUUUAAGAAAUCUCAAGGAGCUGGAAACGUUCCCAGGGUUAACACUAAAGCUACGAGUGGAAACACCCGCAGUUUAGGCUCAACUACAGGUUUUUCUGCUCCUUCUAGACUUCCCCAACCUUCUCAGGAAAAGAUGAAAGCGGAAUUAGAAAGCAUUCUGGAUAUGGAACUCAAGCUGUCAUGUAAUCAUAUUAGCACUGAGAUCACUGACAGUCUGCAGCAUCCAAGUGCCAUUCCAGACAAUGCUGACAAAGCACUUCUAGGCAAUGCAGCACCGUGUAAGAAAUCACCCUUAUGUAGCAAAUAUAGUGAACAAGAAGAUAAAGCAUCUGAUGGCUUGGGGGAUGACAUAAAGAAGUCUUGCACCACAGAAAAUCAUAGUGCUUUACUGGUGAAACGCUAUCCAAAUUUCAAAGACACCAUGGAAAUACAAAGACAACUUUUAAAUGUGUUCCCACUCCCUGGAAAUGAAGAGGAAGUUGGUAUUUGCCUUUCAGGGGAGAAAGACAUACUAGUUGUCAAUCAUUCAACCGAAAAUGUUGCAAAGCAACUUGAGAUUUCGGGUUCUUGUACUGUACACACAGCUUCCUGUGAGGUCUUUACACCAAUUGAAAGCAAUGUAGAUGGUCUGUCUUCUCUAAGAAACCAGUCAGGUAAUGCUGAACGUGCUUUAACUUCUUCAGGACCUUUGGAAGCCCAGGAUAUUACUAAGUCUCCUUACAACAGUCAUCCAGAAAAUAUGGUGUCAGAUUCUAUUCAGUGUGACCAUGACUUGGUGUAUGAUGGUCAAGCUGUGACACAACUGGACAGGACCUACAAAGUACAGGGUAGUGCAGAGGCAAACUGUAAGGCUGUUUUAGCUGAUACUUUACCAUAUAGCAGUGAGCCAACUAGAGAAUCUGAAGAUCAGCAUUUAUUGUGCAAACUAGUCCCCGAGGUGAAAGGAGAUCAUGAGAUAGAUGUCAUGAUCAGAAAUGAAACGGUUGAUGAGGAUGAUGGCACUAAAAUGCACAUAGAGUGUCUUACUGAAUCUCCUGUUGCUAAAAAGAAUGUGGAACAAGUGAAUAUAUUAACGCCGAUCUCCCCUGAGGUCAGGAUUGAGGAUCAGACUCCAAAGCCAUCUCAUCAACCCUUCUCUGAGAGUCUAACGGCUGAAGUGUAUAAGCAAUCCAACUGUUGCAGCAUUGCAAAUAAAUCUGAAGAAGGGGUUGGAUUACCAAUUGAACAAUCUGACCAACUGGGGCCAUCAGAUGGUUGUUCUUCCUCAAAUGAAGCGAAUGAAGCAGCAGUUUUCUGUUCAAACGAGCAGUAUGAGAUUAACUCCGUGCAGAAAGGCAUUGAUUUUGUAUUUGAGACAGAGCUCAUAAUUGACCACAAUGAGUUCUCUGUCCCAAGAAUCCUCAAGGAAAGAUUUGAGUUCUCUGUCCCAAGAAUCCUCAAGGAAAGAUUUCUGGAUGUUGAAGCUGCCCAGACAACCUCCAAUAUGUCUGAAAAAACCAAUGCAUUAGGAACUGAAUUGAAGAGUUCCCCUACUUCUACCUUGGGAGAUCCUUCCAACGCCCUUGGAACUGAAUUGAACAGUUCUCCUACUUGUAUAUCAGGAGAUACUGAGCUUCUAAGCAAGAGCACUGAUCUGUCUAGAAUGGCUGAAUGCAUACCAAAGCAGGAGUCAAACUCUGGUUCUGUUGAGCUAAAAACUUGUGUCAAAAAAGCUGAAUGCAAGACAGAGAUAAUGAUGAGAACCGAUAAGGAGUCAUGUGUGCAGAUUACUGACCAAGAACUUAGGUCACAUGAAGAGGAGGGAGUUCGAGCUGUAAGUAACUCUUCAGACCCUGAGACAUUUGCAACCAGGGAGGAAAAAUCAGGAACUUCAAUUUCUACGGAGGAGACUGUUCCAGUUGGGGAACUUUUGCAGCCUAACGAGUUCGCUGUACUGAAUGCUGACACAAGAAUAUCAGAAAACAAUGUAGCUGAUGCUCCUGAAAUCAGCGGCAGCCCUAGAGCUGAGAUUGUGAACGAGUCUAGCACAUAUUCCUCUGAAGACAUGGAUAAGAUGAAUCUACCCAGGGAUGCUAAGCUUGAGAAGAGGCCUGAUCCACUUGUUGUAAAGCCUCCGCCAAAUGCUGUUCCAUUUUCCGAUGAAUGGUUAGCUGCAAUCGAAGCUGCUGGAGAGGAAGUUCUCACUCUAAAAACUGGUCCUGUGCAACAUUCACCGCCUGAGAAACCUACUCAUGAGCCUGGUCCAUGGUCUCCGGUGAAGCGGAAGAACAAUCAAGGAGUAGGACCAUUUGACUGCACGAAGUUCACCAACAAAGGUCUCCCACCGGCUUCUGAUUGACGAAAGGUUUAAUGCUCUCUUUUUUCCUGUAGCACAUAUUCAUUCAUAACUAAUUUCACUACAAACUCUGACAAGCAUACCACCUCAUUUUGUAAUCUGCUUCAAUAAAUAUAACCAGAAAGGUCACUCAGAUCUUUAUAUGGUUUGUUCCUUCAAAUGUGUUGUCUUGUCUGCAGUUAAGUUUCUUCAGCGGGAAAAUUUGUUCGGUGAUGUAUCAUAGUCAGUAUAGUACUUAUCCAUUUGGUCGAUUACUCAGAAAGACAUAUUUUUCAGAUAAUUGCAGUAAACUCACAUUGUCAGUUCAUAACCUCAAAUAUAUAUUUGUCAUGAAAUAUCUAUCCUUUCUCUCUGUUCUUAAUCCAAAGUCUCCAUUUUUUAUUUUUGAGUCUACUUGGUCCUCCACAUAUCAAUCUAGACAUUUAACCUCACAUUUCUUAUAUAUCCAAGUAAAUGAAUUUGUCUAACUUUCUACCAUGAUUUCGAUGUUGCAGUGCCGUUUUCAUGUUUAUGGUGAUUCUGACAGUGAACUUGUGUCUAUGUUCAUGUCAAUUAUUUUUAGUGUUCCAAAACUUU